AAAUGCUGUGCAGGUUGCUCACAUGUCACCUUCCGCUGUCAUUUCUACGCCCACUCUCUCUUAUCUUGACUUCGCCGACACCCCUUGCUGCUAGUACGCCUCUACCUGGACCCGCACAGUAGUCUGUUGUCGUCCUCGAUCGGAUCAGCUACCGGCUUUCCGUUGAUAUCUCCGCGCUUGAUGGCCGCCGCCGCCGCGGUCGCCUCCCUCCUCGGCUUCGUCCUCGCUCUCCCUUUCUGCUUGGCGGCGCCGUCCAUCACAACGCAUGGCAGCGACGGCGGCGGCGGCAGCUACGUGUCGGCGGUCGGGGACCCCGGCAUGCGGCGCGACGGCCUCCACGUCGCCUGGGAGGCAUGGAACUUCUGUAACGAGGUCGGCCAGGAGGCCCCCGGCAUGGGCAGCCCCCGCGGCGCCGACUGCUUCGACCUCGUCAGAGCUGGGAAAUUCGCAGAGAAUGGCGUGGACGAGAACGGCCAGCCGACGUACAAGGUGGUGCACCGGGUGACCGACGCCGACAACAACCUCCGCGCCGGCGACCCUCUCCCGGGCUCGCCGGCGAACAUCACGGACGUCGACCUGUACGCGGCGGCGAAGGAGCUCUACCUGGGCGACCGGUGCCAGGUGCCCGACAGCCCGUCGCCGUGGCAGUUCUGGAUGGUCAUGCUCAAGAACGGCAACCUGGACACCACCGCCGCCAUCUGCCCGGAGAACGGCCGCCCGGCGCGCCCGUUCUCGCAGACCUCGAGGUUCCCCUGCCCCGGCGGCGCCGGCUGCAUGAACCAGCCGCUCGUGUUCCACAACCGCACCGCGCUGGACGCCACGGCCCGGCGCCUCCGCGGCGGGCUGUUCGGCACGUACGACCUCGACGCGGCGGACCUCGGCAGCAGAGAAGUGUCGUACUACUCGGUGACGUGGGAGAAGGACAUCGGGAGCGGCGGCGACGGUGGGUGGGUGUUCCACCACAAGCUGCGCACUGCGCCCAAGUACCCGUGGCUGAUGCUUUACCUCCGCUCCGACGCCACCAAGGGAUUCUCCGGUGGAUACCACUACGACACCAGAGGCAUGACCAAGAUGGUGCCGGAAUCACCAAACUUCAAGGUGAGGGUGACGCUGGAGGUGAAGCAAGGCGGAGGCCCCAACAGCCAGUUCUACCUCAUGGACAUGGGCAGCUGCUGGAAGAACGACGGCCGGCCGUGCGACGGCGACACCGCGACGGACGUGACGCGGUACAGCGAGAUGAUCAUCAACCCGGAGACGCCGUCGUGGUGCACGCGGAGGCGCAUCGAGGAGUGCCCGCCGUGGCACACGUUCCGGAACGGCACCCGCGUGCACCGCACCGACGCGGCCCGCUUCCCCUACGCGGCGUACCACGUCUACUGCUCUCCCGGGAACGCGCGCGCCGCCGAGGAGCCGACCACCUACUGCGACGCGUACAGCAACCCGCAGCCGCAGGAGAUCCUGCAGCUCGUGCCGCACCCGGUGUGGGGUGAGUUCGGCUACCCCACGGCGAAAGGCCAGGGGUGGAUCGGUGACCCCAGGACAUGGGAGCUCGACGUCGGAGCAUUGUCGCAGGCGCUCUACUUCUACCAGGAUCCGGGCACGCCACCGGCGAAGAGGAGGUGGUCGUCGCUGGACGUCGGAACGGAGAUAUACGUCAGCAAGUAUGCGGAGGCAGAGUGGACGCUGAGUGGAUUCGACAUUGUUGUGCCGGAGGAAUGCAUUGGGUCGUCCCAAGGAGGACCCGUCAGUCGAUGUUUGUAAAGUUGGUGAUCAACGAGUUAAUUAAGAAACACUUAUAGAUUCAUUAUUGGAAUAAUAUCGUGUUCCCUUCCCUC